AACGGGAACAAUGCAAAAGCACCGAAGAGAAAAUGGAACCCGGAAAAAUCCAACUUGUAAUCCAAACUCUUAUCGCUACACUAUACAAACGCCAUAGGAGAUAAAGCCAUGAAGGUAUAUUUUUUUUGGUCGAAAGAUGAAGGUAUUUAACUUCACAGCACUUCGUCGCUCUGUCACGGAAGAUCUCAUCCAGUUCGAGUCCGAACCCUGAGAGGGAACAAUAAAGUGCGGCUUGCGAGGAUCCAGAGCAUGAACACUCUCUCACUCCGUUACGCAGCGAAUCCCACCCCAUCUCCUUUCCUUCGCAAUUACAGCUCGCAGAGCAGCCUCCGUUUCUGGCCGUCUGCCUCCUUCAAUUUCAGAAAUGCAGUGCUACUUGCAGUCUCGUCUAAAUCCCCACCUCAAAGCCUGCCUUCACGCCGAUGGGCUACCAGAGCCUGCUCCGCUGCAACUUCCGAAAUCGACAUGGUUAAGAACAAGGAAGGUAUUUAUGCCCCCAAACAGAAAAAAGUCGUAGUCUUAUGGGACCUCGAUAACAAACCCCCUCGCGGACCGCCAUAUCAGGCUGCAAUGGCGCUUAAACAGGUGGCACAGCGCUUCGGCGACGUUGUCGACAUGUCUGCCUAUGCCAAUCGCCACGCAUUUAUCCACUUACCCCAAUGGGUUCUCCACGAACGCCGUGAACGGAAGCAAAUAGACAUUCUGGAGCGUAAAGGAGUGAUCACGCCUUCUGAGCCGUAUGUUUGUGGGGUUUGCGGCCGCAAGUGUAAAACUAAUUCAGACCUCAAGAAGCAUUUCAAGCAGCUCCAUGAACGAGAGCGUCAGAAAAAGCUGAAUCGGAUGAGGUCACUUAAGGGGAAAAAGCGUCAGCGUUAUAAAGAGAGGUUCAUAUCUGGGAAUUACAAGUACAAUGAGGCAGCGAGGUCUUUGGUUACCCCUAAGGUGGGAUAUGGGCUCGCUUCCGACCUAAGGCGUGCCGGAGUGUUUGUGAAGACGGUAGAAGAUAAACCGCAAGCAGCUGAUUGGGCACUGAAGAGGCAGAUGCAACACUCAUUGAGCCGAGGGAUAGAUUGGUUGUUUUUGGUGUCUGAUGAUUCUGAUUUCUCAGAGAUGUUGAGGAGGGCCAGGGAGGCAAAUUUGGGAACGGUAGUCGUGGGUGACUGGGACAGGGCAUUAGGGCGUCAUGCUGACUUAUGGAUUCCUUGGAUUGGAGUUGAGAAUGGAGAGCUUGCAGAGGUAGAUUUAGUACCCAAGAGCAAAAGAAGAGAGUCUUUUGCUGAAGAUCAUGGUUUUUUUUCACUAUCGCGUCAUGAUGGAAAUGCUGUUCUUGCAGGAGAUUUGGAUGGAAUAGUAGAUGAGCUUGUUGCAGUGAGAACCGAGUUUAAUGAUCUGAGAAAUGCAACAUUUUCGGAUGAGGAUGAGGAUGAAGAACAAGGAUGGGAUUCCGAAGAAAUCGAUGAAAAUUACUUGUUAGUGAUCGAUGAGGAUGAGGAAAGAGAAGACGGUUUCUAUUGAAAUAGAAACUAUAAUUGGCCAGGCAAAUAUUUUGCUGUGGUUGCACACGCUAUUGAGAGCUGAUUGAUUCUCUCUUAUGGAGCUUGAUUGCUUUCAGAACCAAUUACCGGGGCUAAUCGAAGAUUAAAUAAUGGAACCAGUAGCAUCAUGGAGAGUUCCAUCCUUAAAUGAGCGCAUCACAUUUUGCAUGUAUGUGUAGCGUAUGGCUUCGCGAACUUAGGUUGCUUGUAUUGUAAGCUAAAAUCGUCUUUCAGUGUUGCCUGCAAUUUUCUUCGUCAUCCUCCUAAAGGUACUUGAAGAGAAGAAAAAGUUGACGUAGUCACCAGGAUGAAGCCUGAGGAAGAGUGACCGAGACAAUGGAAACCAGAGUAAGAUAGUUGUUUUUGGGCUACAUCCACCCAUCUGAUUCAUGUUGGGAACUUUUAGAAACGGCUAUGGGGAUAUGGUGAUAUGGUGAUAAGGACCUUCAAAGAUAUGACUGUACAUAAUGACGGCUUGAAUUUAGUUGCUUGGUGACAAAUCUUGAGAAGUAUCUAGUUGAAGCUGUUAUUUCAUAUUUGUACGAUGAUGGUAAAUUAGGUUAUACCUUGAUUGCGUUUUCGCUUUUGAUUACUUAUUUCAUGGUUGUAGACAUUGUCUUCUUUAACCCUGUCUGCUUCACUGAAUUUCAUAAGGUCAUAUUGGGGCUCUGAUGAGAUAUGGGCACUUGAUAGCCUUUCAAAUAGAUUUCUGAAAAUGCAGUUUUGGUCACAGUUGCUUCUAUUGUGCUGCAUGCACUAUGUAAGUUGUUGCCACUGUUCGGACGUAAAUAAUUCCAAUCUUCUGUUCUAAAUGAGCUGUAA